UUGGCCCUGCGCCUUUAAGAGGCCGGUGUGGGCCGACCCUCCCCUUUAAGCGGCCGCCGCGAUGAGGCUGAGCGUCAAGUUGCUGCACGGGACCGAGUGCUGGCUGGAGGUCUCUGAGGAUGAGACGGUGUCCAAUGUGAAGGUGCUGAUUGAACAACAGCUGAAGAUCCCACAGGGCCAGCAGCGGCUACUCUACAAGGGGAAGGCCCUCUCUGGUAAGGCCAUCACGCCCAGGGCCAACCACCGCCUCACAAUCCGGGGACUCGGGUUCAAUCCCCACCUCUGUCACUGCCAUAAGAUCUAAAAAUGUUUUUCCCCC